AUGCUUCCGCCUUGGUCGCAAUUAUUCCCAAUCAGCAGCUUUCAGCUAGGAUUCACGACGUUCUCGCCCUCUCCUGCAUCCAUUGCCGAGCUCGAUGUCAUCUCAGUACCGCUCGCAGAUUCUCCUCUUGGGAUACACAAAAUCAUGCGCUCGUUGACUCACGAGGUUAUAUGUCCACCGCCCUCUCUCCAACCAUCCUCGGACGAUCCUCAGCUCGCUUGGGAGGCCAAAUAUCCCAAGGGUUCCUGCAGCCCGAAAACGAAAAUCCCUGGUGGAUUGGGAUUUUAUCUUGGUGGACCUAAAGAAAUUGUAUCAUUGUUGGAUGUAGGCGCAAAAGAAACAGUUUUUGGAUAUCGUGUGAUGUUUGAGAAAGGUUGGGAGUGGGUCAAAGGAGGGAAAUUGCCAGGAAUGUAUGGUGGCGUCGGCGACACUGCCUAUAGAUGCUCUGGUGGACGGCAGAACGACCGCUGCAAGUGUUUUGAUGUUCGUCUCAUGUGGAGGCGUGAUGGGAAAGGAGAAAUUUACGCCUAUCUACCUAUGAAUGAGACAAAUACAAAUGCACUUCUUGCGGUUCCCCCCUACUCUACAGCCAACUCUGAUUACGGGAUUUCAGUCGGAAUCGGUGCAUGGACCUUUGGGUCAGGUGUCUGGACGACUAUAGCACAACGUGUUAAACUCAACGAUGUCGGCAGAGCUGAUGGAGAACUCCAGCUCUGGAUUAACGGCGAAUGCGUAAUCCACGCAAAGGGGCUGAUUUUCCGAGAAGACGAGGGAUCCCAUAUCAAAGGCAUGCAUUUUCAGACGUUUUUUGGAGGCCAUGAGUCCGAUUGGGCAUCACCCAAAGAUCAACGUGCCUGGUUUUCCGACGUCUCUGGAGCCGUCGUUCGUUGA